CCACACCUACACUCUUUACCUUGGCAGGAGCAACUACUGCACAACAAUCUUUCGUCCAAACACAUUUCGACCAUAAACACUUAUUCCCUGAUCAAGCCAAAGACAUGGAUAACUCAAAUGUUUGGGAAUCGGACCGAAACUUGGACCCUGUGUUUGCCACGCCGCAUGGUAGCACAUCAUACCUUAAACACGGACUCGGCGAUCUCAGCAGCGGGGAUGAGUAUGACUCUGACUCCUCUGCUGAAGACGACCUGGAGGAUGUUUCACUGAAUGAAGCCGCCGAAGACACUGGCUGCGGGGAUGAAGCCUGGGAAGUCAACCUGCUUGCCCCUAACGAGGGCGUGGUUCGGCCCUCAAUACCCAAGGACAAGGAGGCAAACAGUCUGCCGUCCGCCCUCAACGGCAUGCACGACAAGCUCCCCAACUCGACCAGGAGGGAGUGUAUUUUCGACGACCGGGAAAUGGUUGUAAUUCCCCAUGCCUCGGACGACGAGAACCUCCGGGACUGCGAAGAAGACACGACCCAUACCUUCGUAGUCCCAUUCCACGAACGGGUCCAGGUCAACUACGAAGACUACACCGAGGAGCAGCUUCGCCCACGCACCGCAAAGGCCAAGGCCCUGGUCCGCAGUCUUCCAGGAGCCCGCCAGGUCGAAGACGCCACUGCAGCCGUGGCCACCGGCGCCAAAGCCCUACAAGCCGGCGCCACAGGGACAUACACGGCCGUUUCCGGGCAGGUCGGCACCGCCGUCCGCUUCGGAUGCGAGGCGGCGGUCCUCACGGGCCAAGUUAGGAGCUACCUUUUCGGCGAGGCGUGGAACGCGGGCAUGAACAUGUCGGUUGCGAUCCAGGAGAGCUUCCCGGCCGUGGUGCGGCCGCUGCGCGACGGGUGGGAUGUUGUCGGCGGGAUCUUGACGGAGGGGGUGAUGGCGCUGCCUCCUCAUGACGGGAUUGUUGGCCGGCGUCGACGCAGGAUAUGA